AUGUCCAACCUAAUCACUAAUAUCGAAGUGAAAAAAUGUGAAGGAGCACCACAAGGCGUUGAAUUUAUAUAUCACUACAACAAUGGGAAAAUUUUAUCUUCAAUUUCAUCGUCAACAACGUCCACCAAAGCGACAAUAUUCCGAUCACGAGCCUCGUAUACUCAUCAACAAACAAUGAUAUUGGAACGUGAAUAUCGAAAAGGAAAAUAUUUGACGGCGGAACGACGAGCCAAAAUCGCUAGAAGCAUCGGUGUGCGAGAAAACCAGGUGAAGUAUUGGUUCCAGAAUCGUAGGAGUAAAGGCAGAAAAAGCGGUGAGCUCUUCAGCUAUGAGAAGGAAAAUAUGAACAAUACACCAAACAGUGCCGAGAAAGAAGGCACAAUACAAAGAAUAGUGCAGUUUUUGAAGAGCAACGGUGAGGAACAAGUCGCGGCGCAAACUAAUAUUUGUGACAUCAAGCUGAGUCCAUUAACGCAGCCGAUUAUUGGAUUUCCAUUGUUGCAGUGGCCCGAACAAAGUUCAAGCAGCGAGGAGUUAGAUGAUAUCUUUGAAGUUAUGCAGGAACAUUUUGGGCCUAUUUGCUGA